AUGGCAAGUAGACAAAGUUUACAACCCGCGAUGGAACAGGCCAAGAGAAGACGAACAGGUCCUUCCUCGGCAAGUUUGGUGAAUGCAGCUUCAGUUCGUGGAGUGCCAGCCGUUGUGCUUCAAGAUGCCGCACCUGCUGGCAAGAACGAUGAUGCCGGCGCCGAGCAAACUCAAGAAGGCACUCAAGCAACCUCGUCACAACAGGGAGGGAACGUCAUUAGUAGGGUUGAACGACAAGGAGCCACAGUCCCCACUGGAAUUCAGACCAAGAUGAGGAGAGUUCCAGCAGCUACCCAUGGUGGUCCAGCUGGCGACUUCGUACGCAGCACUCGCACAUUUCAGGGGCAUUCUUUCUCUCCAGAAAUUCGAGAGGAAAGGCGAAGGUUGGCUAGGGCCUUGGUCUCGACUGUUAACGAUGAACUUUUAGAAACGUCUCUACAAAGGCGAGGCUACGACCCCAUCGAGGCUGCAUGGGUGUACCAUUAUGCCAAGGCUAGCUACUUUACGAGAGUAGCAGCGGAGCGUCGCAGCAGGUAUGAAGCGUCGGAGAACCAACGUCAGCAAAUGCAACAGCAAGCGAUGCAAAUACAACAGCAGUCCACAACCCGGCAGCUCCCAAUGCAACAGAUGAUAUCUCCUGGACAGUUGCCGAAUUUGCAGCCACAGACCGAGCAUACACGCCAAACUACUCAUUUCCCUCUACUACAGAACCAGCAUAGUCCCGAUCUCCCAGCAGUGUAUUCUAACCCUCAAGAUUAUGACUCCCGAGCACAACAGUUGGGUGUGUUCGACUCAGCUUCACAAUCCCCCUGGAACUCUGGUUACGGUACAGAGAUAAAAUCUACCAUGUAUGCACCAACAUCGAAUGACCCUCAGCCAACGCAUACCUUCAAUAUUGGUCCCGAUUAUCCAGGCUCUUACAGCAAUUAUGACCCUUUCUCAAAUAUAGCUUCAGGUCAGCAAGCACAAUCCGGGCGGCAACUCCCAGCACCACCUCAAAUAGUCCCAUCUUCCUCCACUCCUCUAAAACGAGCUGCACAGCAGAAUAUCGAAUCAUCAGCGACCAGAACAGCACGUCUACGUUUAAACCCAAUUCCCGAGCAUGAUCCGGCAGCAGAGGAAUUUCAGUACGAAGGGCUGGAUGAGACCAGUGAUUCUUUUACGAAGCUUUUGUUCGACGGCGUAGAUGUCAGUCCAUGGGGCCCUGGCAACGAAACCGAUGGUGGUGGUGAUGAUCACAAUCCUCCUGAAGAGCGUACUGGCUAA